AUGGACUCCCCAAGGUUCCUAGAGGAAACCGUCCUCAUUACUGGAGGAGGAGGAUAUUUUGGCUUCCGCCUCGGCUGCGCUCUGAACCAGAAAGGAGUCCAUGUGAUUCUGUUUGACAUCAUCGAACCAGCCCAGAACCUUCCAGAGGGAGUCACGUUCGUCCGCGGAGAUAUCCGCUGCCUCUCUGACGUGGAGACGGCUUUCCGGGACAAUGACGUUGCGUGCGUGUUCCACGUCGCCUCUUACGGCAUGUCUGGGAGGGAGCAGCUGAACAAGACCCAGAUCGAAGAGGUCAACGUGGGUGGCACAGAAAACAUCCUCCGGGCCUGCCUGGAGAGAGGGGUGCCCAGCUUGGUCUACACAAGCACCUUCAAUGUUAUCUUCGGAGGUCAAGUCAUCAGCAAUGGGGACGAGUCUCUGCCUUACCUGCCUCUUCACCUGCACGCAGAUCACUACUCCAGGACCAAAUCCAUCGCAGAGAAGAAGGUCCUGGAAGCCAACGGCUUGCCCUUCAAGCAAGGUGAUGGUGUACUCCGAACCUGCGCCAUAAGGGCAGCUGGCAUCUAUGGGGCUGGGGAACAGAGGCAUCUUCCCAGGAUAGUGAGUUAUGUUGAGAGGGGCCUGUUCAGAUUUGUGUAUGGGGAUCCCCAGAGCCUGGUUGAGUUUGUCCACGUGGAUAACCUUGCGAAGGCUCACAUACUGGCUUCUGAGGCUCUGAAAGCCAAGAAUGGUCACGUUGCCGCUGGGCAGCCCUACUUCAUCUCCGAUGGUAGACCUGUAAAUAACUUUGAGUUCUUUAGGCCGCUGGUGGAGGGCCUGGGCUACACAUUCCCAUCCACCCGCUUGCCACUAACCCUCAUCUACUGCUUUGCCUUCCUGGUAGAGAUGAUCUACUUCCUUGUAGGCCGGCUCUACAACUUCCAGCCCUUCCUCACCCGCGCCGAGGUGCAUAAAACUGGUGUCACGCAUUACUUCAGCUUAGAGAAAGCCAAGAAGGAGCUAGGCUACGAGCCUCAGCCGUUUGACCUGCAGGAGGUAGUGGAGUGGUUUAAAGCCCACGGGCAUGGCAGAAGGUCUGCAGGUCAAGACUCGGAGUUCAUUCUGUGGGAUGGCAUCCUGGUCCUCCUCUUGGCCCUUUCUGUUCUUACCUGGAUCCCCCCUUCCACAAUCCUGUCCAUAUGA